CAUCACACUAAAACUUGAACAUUACUUGCCAAGAAAUCUCAUUCAACUUCCGGCAACAAUCCAAGAACUACCAAUGGCACUUCAAAGGAUUCAGAUGGGAGCGGUGAUUCUGGCGAUGAUGGCCGUGCUCUGGGCAGGAGUGGCAGCUCAGUCAUCGUCGAGCUGCACAAACGCAAUAAUUAGUAUGUCGUCGUGCCUGAACUACAUCACGGGGAACUCUUUGACACCGUCUUCAGGAUGUUGCUCACAGUUUGCCAAUGUUGUUAGAUCACAACCGCAGUGCUUGUGCCAGCUUCUGAGUGGUGGUGGAUCGAUCCUGGGGAUAAAUAUCAACCAAACUCGGGCUCUGGCCCUUCCCAGAGCUUGCAAUGUUCAGACUCCACCCAUCAGCCGCUGCAAUGAGCCAGCUGCUUCUCCAUCUGCUUCUCCAUCUCCUUCUCCAUCUACUUCCCCAACCGUGACAACUGCUUCCCCAACUGUGAAAACUGCUUCCCCAGCCGUGUCACCUGCAGGCACACCAGAAGCUCCUAACACAGUACCUUCAGGAACUGGGUCUAAAACUGUACCAUCAUCGCAAAGCGGCUCAUCAGAUGCAAGUUCUACCAGGAUGGCUAUUUCUCUGCUGUUCUUCCUCCUAUUCGUUGCAUCUUAUGCUUCAACCUCCACUAUUUGUUGAGUUCACUCAUCUCACUGAUCCAUCAGUCAAAUACCGAAUCAUUAUUGAUGUAUUUAUUUUUAUUUUUUCUUUUUUUGUGUGAGAGUUUCCAUAUCAUUGAGUGUUGCUCAUACUGUCUAUUCUUUGAUGACCUCUUUUACGGGUUGAUAUGGCUUUGUAUGACUCGAGAAUUUUUCGUCUUUGCCCUUCUCAAUAAAGCUAAUUUAUAAGCAAAAUUUAUGCACCAA